CUAACGUGCAUCGGACACAGACAUCAACUUGUGCGCUUUCCAGAUUGGUCCUCGGUCUUGCCCAAACCCCAGCUCAGCCGCCGACAGUUCCCAGUAUCGCAUAGCGGGGUCCAGCCCACUUCCUCACGCGCGACUCUUCCAUUCAGCCUUCACACAUACUGUAGCUACUAUGGGCGCCAAAGUCCCGCGUAACUUCCGUUUGCUGGAAGAGUUAGAGAAGGGCGAGAAAGGUCUCGGUGCCGAGGCCUGUUCAUAUGGUCUUGACAACGGCGAUGACCUCCUGAUGUCCGACUGGAACGGUACUAUACUUGGUCCACCACACAGCGUCCACGAGAACCGUAUCUACAGCGUAUCGAUUCACUGCGGCCCAGACUACCCCGACACGCCUCCCGAGAUCAAGUUCACGUCCAAGAUCAACCUGCCCUGCGUCAACCCUCAGAACGGAAAGGUCGAUGCGUCAAAGCUGCCAUGUCUGGCUCAGUGGAAGCGGGACUUCACCAUGGAGACGAUACUGAUAGAGCUUCGAAGGUACAUGGCGCUGCCGCAGAACAAGAAGCUUCCCCAGCCGCCCGAGGGAGCCACAUUCUAAGAACAUCGAGCACACGGCCUGUACCAAGAAGGCAGUCUUGGGCAGGGUGAAAUCAACACGAUAUAUGACAGUAUGGCACACAGGCAGUCACAGUGCAUGGAACGGAGUUAUGGUCUGCUAGCCUAGCCAUUCAGUCUGGCAAGAUACCAGGAUAAUAAGCGGCAUAUUUCAUCCUCCAUCUUGCUUUUCCCUUAUGCCCUGUGAAUAAGUCAAGCGCAAUCCUUGCAGAAACCCAAGUAAUCUGUCAGGCUGAGGUACAUCUAGACACUCAGCGGGCAC